UAAGUGCUGCAGGUCUGCGGGUGCCGUGGGCGCUGCGGCCACAACAUGGGGCAGCGAGCCCGGGCUGAGCUGUCACCGCUGCGCCUGGUCGUUGUGUUUUUCCUGGUGACACAACCAGAGCACGGGGAUGCUAUGGACUGUGGGCUGGCAGAAUAUCCCAUAGGUGCCGAGUGCUGCCCCAUGUGCGCGGCGGGAUUUCAGGUGUUCAAGAAUUGUACUGCAGUGUCCAGCACAACAUGCAUACCUUGUGCUGAGGGUACGUACACUGAUCGUCCCAGUGGUCUGGAACACUGCAGGAAAUGUAAACUCUGCAAUAAAGGAGCCAAUCUGGUGGCAGAAGYAGCCUGUACCUCUACGAAGAACACAGUAUGUGGCUGUCCCUUGGGAUAUUUCUGCAGCCGUUUGGGGACUGAAAGCUGUGAUUUUUGCCAGCGCUACACUGUCUGCCCUCCUGGCACUGUGCUGAAAGAGAGGGGCACAGAAAACACCGACAACGUGUGUGAAGCUUGUCCUCCUGGAACCUUCUCGGCCGCCAACAUGUCACACAGCUGUAUACCCUGGCCCAGGGUCAAGCAGAAUAGCCUAGUACAAGGAGAGGAAAGAGCAGCUUCAAAUGCAGCUUGUACUGCUAUUAUCGCUUGCACUGUACUUAUGCUAGCUGCUGGUGCAGCAUGCUUUGGGUAUAUCUGGCAAAGGAGGAAGAGGGAAAAUCAUGUGCCACAGGUUCAGGAAUCAAGGAGUGGACCGCAGGGUCAGGCACUUGUAUUAACUGUGGAGAAUGGGGAUAAAAUAGCACCUGUGCUGGAGACCACUGCCAAUUCUGAAGACCAUGGUUUCCGAAUAGCUAUUUUUGUCUGAACAGUUGUAGUCAAUGGAGAUGGCAAAGAAAAAAAAUAUUCCCAAAUAUUCUUAGGGAGAGAGACAGCUUAUUGUCUUGAAAAUGAAAAGAGGACCUACAAAAGAGCUAAGAAAAGAGCAGCUYUAAUGGAAUCUUCUGCAGCAUCCAAGCUGAGUGAUGGGAAAAAGAGUCUAGCACUGAAAGAAACAUGWAGCUUUUAAUCACUCUUCAUAAAUGAAAUGUACACACUUACUGUCUUUUGCUAGUCAUCUCUGCUCAAAUCUGUGAUCAUGUCACAAUAAAAAAGUUAAGGUCUCAUAUGAACAUUAUGUCUAGAAAUAAAGGUCUUAAC